AUGUCCUUAGGAGCAGCAGCUGUUGGUGCUGCUGCAGCAGCUGUUGGUGCUGCUGCAGCAGCUGUUGGUGCUGCUGCAGCAGCUGUUGAUACUGCUGCAGCAGCUGCUGCUGCGCUGUUGCUGACGGGAAUGGCUCAGCAGCGAAAUUUGUAUACUCGCUUUAUGACGGCGAGCAGCAGCAGCAGCAGCAGCGGCAGCAGCAGCAGCACAAGCAGCAGCAGGUCCCGAGUGCUGCAGCAGUCUUUGCUGCAGCUGAUAUUGUCGCUGCGCCUCCUGAAGUUUCUGCUGCUGCUGAGGCGUGCACUGCAGCUGCUGCUGCAGCAGGCGGUGGAAAUGGCCUGCUACAGAAGCAGCAACAGGAGCAGCAGCAGCCCCCACCCACAGCAGCAGCAGAAGCAGCAACAGCAGCAGCAACAGCAGAAGCAGCAGCGGUUGCACCCACAGCAGCAAAAGCAGCAGCAAUAG